UCAUGCUGGUUCAGGCGAUCCUGCAGACCUCACUGGUCCUGUGGCUGGUACAGAACACCAUACAGGGAGGAGUUAGGCCACAGACUGGAGCCCUGGGAAGAUUGGCGAGUCGAGGUCCUGGUAUCAGUGCAAAGUCUGGAGCGGCUGGUAUUCUUGGAGCCCGUGGCUAUGGGGCAGGCAAGCCAGGAAAGACAGGUGCUGGCCAUUAUCUUGGAGGGGCAGCAUACAGACCCACUGCAAUCAGAGGAGGCCUGAAACAAGGAUAUGGAACACUCGGUUAUGGAGGAGCUGCAAACCUUGGAACUGGCCUUGGAGCUGCCGGACUGGGACUCGGCACAGGGUAUGGCCUAGGCAACGGGCUGGGAGCAGCCUUGGGUUAUCCAGCAGGGAAGCUUGGAGGAAGAGGUUACACCAGUAAUGGCUAUGGAGCACAGCUAGGUUACGGCGCAGGAGGAUACCCCGGCGCUGGUCGUGGAUACGGCCUUGGUGCUGCUGGCUAUCUUGGAGCUGGUUUUGCUAACGGAUAUGGAACAGGUCUUGGGGCAGGUGGAUACUAUCCACAGGGAGUUCGAGCAGGAAAGCAGAUUGCAGGCUACAGUAAUGGAUACGGCAGUGAGGUUUAUGGCACAGCAGAUGGUUAUGGGGCAGGACCUGCCUACCCAUCAGUGUUAGCUGAUAAUGUUGGCCUGAACGGUAUAGCUGGUCUUGGAGCUGGAGGCCUUGGAGGUCCAGGGCUGGUAGUGAACCCUGGCCUGGGUAUUCAUGCCAAGUCUAGAAAGUAUGGGGCAGGUGGAGUUCUUGGAGCUGCCGGAUCCUUGCCUUACGGUGGCCAGCCUGUGGUCUCAGCUGGACUUGGUCCUCACGGCAAGACUGGUAGUUAUGGUGGAGCUACAUAUGGAGGAAUACCAAACCUUGGGCCAGACACUGCUCUGGGUGGAGCUAUAGGCCAGAUUCCUUACAGCGCACCAGUCAUUGCAACUGGGCUUGAUGUUGAUGCUGGUUAUCCUUUUGGUGCUGAGCAACUCAGUCGGGGUGCUGAUGCUACAAAGACAGCUGGCAAAUAUGGCACAGGCUAUGCAGCUGCACUAAGUACUGGUGGUCAGGGGCCCUAUGGUGGACAAAAUGAUGGAAGCAAGCUUAGUGGCACUUAUGGGAAUGGGUACAAAGGUUGAUUUCCAAGACCAUGCUGUUAACUUUGUCAGUGUUUUUUUGGCCCCUUUUUGCCUAGUAUUCCUCACCGUUGUGCAGUUUUGUGACAUGUUUUUGUUUGCCAUAUUGUUUUAGUUUUAGGUUUGUGC